AUGACCGGAAGACGCCUCCUUGAUAUAGCAGCCAUAUUCAAGGCUUCCCAAGGCGUUGCUGCAAAGCAUGUCGCCCUCCGCCAACACCAGUUGGACGUUUACAGCAAGACAUCCUCUCUUGCUAAAGCUGUUAAGUCACAGACUGACCGAGUCACCCUCACGGUGAAAGCUGCCUCGGUUUUGGCAGAACGUUUCAAUGGACCCGAACCCGAUUAUUCUACGCAGGCUUCGCAACCAAGAAAGUCUACCCAGGGUGCGCCCAUACCCAGUCAAGAUGGGGCUUCUGGGACAACCGAGGGAUCGGUGAAGAAGGAUGGUCUUUCCCAGGAUCAUUUCUACGAAAGACCAGACCAGAAUGCUGCUGCGGAUCCUCCACCAGAUGCUAAUCUAGGUGUGAGGCAAGAAAAGGCGAAAAGAUACCCGCUACCCGAUGGAUCAAUGCUUCCAGCAGAUACUGCUGAAGUGCCAGAGCGAGAUAAAGACUCAUACAACGAGUUGCCGCAAACAGAACCCGCGAAAGCCCCGUUAGCUGAUGGAAGAGAGGAGACAGACGAGGGCCUACAGCCCACUCUAUCAGGCAGAACGAGUAUUCCAAAUCCAAAAGGGAACAGAUCCUGUGAUCGCUGA